AUGGCUCCACACGCAGCGCAGAAUGGCACUUCGCCCAUCCACACGAGAGAAAAAGACCUUCCUGGAGGAUGGGUGGUGCUGAAAUUUGGCGGGACUAGCGUCGGCAAGUUUGCGAGGAACAUCGCGGACAUUGUGCAGACAGGCGUCUCGAAGAACCGCAUCGCCAUUGUUUGUUCGGCAAGAAGUACGACUGUUAAAGCGGAGGGGACGACGAAUAGGCUUCUGAGAACUGCUCGAGCCGCCGAGAAAGCAGACUCGAGAGACUACGAUCCCAUCGUCGAAACCAUCCGCGCAGACCACGUUCAAGCUGCCCGCGACCUCAUCAAGGACCCCGCUAUCCUCGACGCCCUCAUCCAGGAUAUCACUUUCGAGUGCAAGACCCUUACCAGAAUCCUCGAAUCCGCACAACACCUCGAAGAAGUCAGUGCUCGGGCAGAGGACAAGAUCAUCAGCAAGGGCGAGAAGCUAUCAUGUCGGUUCAUGACGGCACUACUACAAGAUCAGGGCGUGCAGGCUCGGUACGUGGAUAUGAGCGACGUGAUCAAGGUCUCGAUCCACCACGGCGGCAUCGAUGAGGUCUUCUAUGAGCACGUCGCAGCCACGCUCGCGGACGAGGUGAUCGCGUGCGGAGACGCGGUACCGGUCAUCACAGGCUUCUUCGGCAGCGUCCCUGGCGGUCUACUUCCCACCAUCGGCCGCGGGUAUACAGACCUCUGUGCUGCACUCGUAGCCGUAGGCCUGAAAGCCGCGCGACAGCCCGUGAGCGAGUUGCAGAUCUGGAAAGAGGUGGACGGCAUCUUCACGGCCGACCCACGCAAAGUGCCCACAGCCGCCCUCCUGGACAGCGUUACGCCCUCCGAGGCCGCCGAGCUGACCUUCUAUGGCAGCGAGGUCAUCCAUCCCUUCACUAUGGAGCAGGUCAUCCGCGCCCGCAUCCCCAUCCGCAUCAAGAACGUGAUGAAUCCACGGAACAACGGAACCAUGAUCUUCCCCGACGCCAUUGACGAGAUCACUCAGAAGAACCCGCUGCAUGCUGCUCAUCUGACUCACCUGGUCAGGGCGAGAUCGAACUCCGGUAGGGGAGUUGUCCAGCGUCCCAAGCGUCCCACGGCCGUUACCAUCAAGCGCGGCAUCGUGGUGCUGAACGUGCACUCGAACAAGCGCACCCGUGCCCAUGGCUUCCUGAUGAACAUCUUCAGCACGCUGGAUAAGUGGCACCUCUCCGUUGACCUCAUCUCCUCGUCCGAGGUGCAUGUGUCCAUGGCUUUGCACUCCGAGAGUCCCAUGCUGGCAAAUGGCGGCUCGACGGACGUCGUGCAGGUCAUUGACGAGGACCUGAAGUGCGCCAUCGUGGAGCUCCAGAGGAUUGGCACGGUCGAUUUGGUGAACGAGAUGGCGAUUGUCAGUCUUGUGGGCAAGCAGCUUAAGAACAUGGUUGGUAUUAGUGGCCGUUUCUUCAGCACGCUGGGAGACGAGGGGAUUAAUAUCGAGAUGAUAUCCCAGGGGGCGAGCGAGAUCAACAUCUCGUGCGUUAUCGAGGAGCGCGAGGCCGAUCGCGCGCUGAACGUUGUUCAUACGAACCUGUUUACGUUUUUGGAUUAA